GUAAAAAUAUUCGGUGUCCGGGCAAGAACAGGACGGCGUCCGAGAUAUAUAAUGACUCUCAAGUUCCAACUAGGAUAUCGAACUGUAGAGCGAAGUAGCCAUGAACGACCUUCCAUCGGAUUACACAUCUCUCGUGGGUGUUUGGUGCAGCUCUGUUCUAUACGGUACUCUGGUUCUUUAUUUCAGCUGUGUCAAUUUGCUCAUUAAACGCCGCUGGUGGUUCUUACUUGGUUGUGCGACUUUCCAGUUCAUCGUAUCGACGAUCCAUAUUACCGCAGGUCUGCGCUCUCUAAUAGAAGGCUUCAUCUGGUUGAAGGACCCCGAGGGUUCCAUCGCGUACUGGGACAACCAGACUCGAUGGGUCAAUGUCAUGCAGGAGGCUGCUGCCAUCACAAAUUGUAUUGCGUGCGACGCCAUAAUGAUCUGGAGAUUAUACGUAGUUUGGAAUAAGAGCGUUAAGGUGUCCGUGCUUCCCGUACUCUGCGGAUACACUUCUAUCUACCUCGAUUCGAGUCUGGAUCUCCAGCCAGAAUCCAUCCAAGUCCUUUACCGAUGGCUCCAGGCAUCGUAUUCGCUGUCUCUAGCAACGCAGCUUUCCACCACCACCCUGAUUGCUGCUCGUAUCUGGUGGGUAUCGCGACGAACACGAUCCUGGAGAGCUAGUACAGCGGCCAAGUCCUAUAUGGACAUCAUUUGGAUGAUCGUCGAGUCAGGAGCAAUAUCUGCGAUUACAUCGACUCUCUUCCUUGCCUUCUUCAAUACGUUAGGUAGCAUUAGUAUCAUCAUUGGUGAUUCACUGGGGCAGAUAAGUGCGAUCGCCCCAUCCCUGAUCAUAUACCGCGUUGGAUUGGAUGCGCAAGUGAAGAUAGAUAACAACGUGCCAUUGCCUAACCUUCAUCCACGCCGCGCACUUCACGUCACAGUGGAGAGUUCG